AUGGCUUCCAGCAGACGGCAUUCUCGGACAUACACGAUCAGCUGUGAUGAAUGGGUCAUUCCUUCGUCGUCAUCCUCGUUCUCGUCGCAGGUCUUGCCGAUGGAUGACCUGGACGCAGUGCAGUUGUCAAUCCACUUUGGCACCGUCAUGAAGAUCUUCACGAAGAUCUUCGCUAUCGCCAAACUCCUGCAUGUGGUGUUCCUGGCAUACGGAGUGAAGCUCGAUGAUUCGAUCAACGGCCUGACGUACUGGACCAAGCGAGCUGAAGACGAGAUCAGAACCGAUCAACUCGCCAUUCUCGUCGACAUUGUGGAGCACCUCUUCUACACACUCUACGCUAGAUUGCAGAUAGAGAUGGCCGCUAUCGAGCUCUGUUCUCUCAUCAGAAGGGGAGAACGUCCAGUGUCCACUCACUUCAAAUUCGUCCUUCCGAAUAACGACCAUCUCUACCGCAUCUUCACGGCAUGUAAGGACUUCCUUGAUUCCCCUAUGAUUUGUGGAAACCCGCGGGCCGCCAUAAUAUCCGGGCUCGUCGUUGAGUUCCAGGAGUGCCACAUCUUCAGCCUCGGUUGUAAUGAUGUCGUGCAAGGAAUUGAUGACGAUCCGAUGGGCUACCGCGAGCAUGCGCGUACAAUCCUUUCCGAGCGGUCUUCCCCGUAUCGUAAGAAGUGGAAUGGUCUCAUUCCAUUCUUUGACACCAUCCCAAUCGAACUCAUGGCCGUUCUUUGUGAGAAAUACUUCACUGUGAUUCCCAAGCAAGAACCGGAGCUGGACAUCCCUCUCUCAGAACUUGGCCUCGUGGAUCUCAAGACUGUCGAUCCAGCCCGGUGGGAAAAGAAGAUUAUCCUGGACCACCGCUUGUCUGCCCUGAGUCUGCUGGAAGGUAAAUCCAUUGGCGAAAUGCGCCGCGACGACCCUAAAGCGAGCAUAUUUUCUCUGUCAAAGACACACAAGUGUAUCUGCAAUCAAGUUUGCUUCUGUGCCGAGGCCUGUACGAGACAUGACGGUGUCGAGCGCUGGUGCCCCUGUGCCGAACGGCAUUUCCGGAUCAUGACUGCUCGUCGUCGCAGCUCGACUGGCCGCGCCCCGUUCAACAUCCGCGCCAACACGCUUAGCUGGGUCUGUUUCCAGGGACUGGCAGGUCUCCAAGAAUGCGUUCCCGAGCGCCAGCUGCUGUUGGAGGUGUUUGAAAUGUUCAAUAUCUUCGACAUGGAAAUUCAAAAACAGCGGAGUGGUCUAACAGCAGCUCACUGGGCCUAG